AUGCUGAAUAGUUUGUUUAUUGUGAAUACUUCUGGGUGAGUUUUUUUGGGUUUUUUUGUGAAAUGUGGGUAUUCUAAUGCUAAAAAAAGGAAUUUUGAAAGCUCAACAUAAAUUUCAGAAUUUCUAGGUGUUUUUAAAAUUAAAUUUUACAUAUUCAAGAUGGAGAGAGUGUUUUCAGACUUUAAAGGAACAUAAAUGCUUUGCACAGGGAAUUUUAUAGGUUUUCAAUAUCGCCAGAACAUUCUUCUUGAGAUUUUACAAGAGAAAAUAGCUUGAAAAAUACGUGAGAAGAUUUUGAGACUUUAAAGGCUCAUAGCUGUUUUCACGAGGAAUUUCCUAGAUUCUAAAUAAAUCUAGAACAUUUUUUGGGCAAUAGGAAUUUUUAUAGUGAAUUUCAAAAUUUUACAUUGGAAAAAUGAGCAGACCUUAAAGGCGCAUAGCGAAUUUAAACCAAAAUCUCAUUUUUUUCAGCGAUGUAAUUCUCGAAAAACACUGGAAAAGUGUAAUCCACCGCUCAAUAUGUGAUUAUUUCUUCGACCUCCAAAAGAAAGCCGCCUCACCCGAAGAUGUCCCACCAAUCAUCUCAACACCCCAUCAUUAUCUAAUCAACGUCUACCACAAUCAAUUAUUCCUCCUAGCUGUUAUCACAAGUGAAGUGCCUCCUUUAAUGGUCAUCGAAUUUCUUCAUCGAGUUAUCCAAACUCUCACUCAAUAUUUCGACGAUUUUUCGGAUAGCACUAUGAAAGAGAAUUGUGUGCUCGUGUUCGAAUUGUUGGAUGAAAUGUUGGAUAAUGGAUUUCCGCUGGUUACCGAGAUGAAUAUUUUGCAAGAUUUGAUAAAGCCACCGAAUUUCUUGCGGAAUAUUGCGAAUCAAGUUACUGGUCGCACAAAUUUGUCGGAAACUUUGCCGACUGGACAAUUAUCCAAUAUUCCUUGGCGAAGACAGGGUGUCAAAUACACCAAUAAUGAGGCAUAUUUUGAUGUGAUUGAAGAGAUUGAUGUCAUUGUUGAUAAGCAAGGUUCCACGGUUUUUGCGGAGAUUCAGGGAUAUGUAAGUUGGAUUUUUGGGGAACUUUGAGGAAGUAUAGAAAGCCUGUAAAACCUCUAGGAGCUUUUUCUGGUUUUUCUGAACCCUGGAAAGCCUGGGAAACUUCUAGGAAGUUUAGGAAGCUCGGAAAACCUUCAGGAGCUUUUUCUGGAUUCUCCGAAGCCUGGAAAUUGUUUUUGAAAGCCAGGGAAGCCUUAAAACCUUCAGAAGAUAUUUUUGAAGUCUAGACUUGUUUUUUUAAAGCCUAGACUUGGGAUUAUUUUGAGAAGCGUAGAACAAUUUUCUGAAAGGUUGAAAAAUCUCUGGAAAAAUUUUCUGAACUUUCAAAAAUUUCGAAAGCUUCCAGAAAAUAUAUCAGAUCCUUUAGAUGCCUGAAACCCCUUCAAUCAUAUUUUAUGGGAUUCAGAAGCCUUCAGAAAAUCUAGAACGUAUUCUGAACUAUUUAGAAUCCCCAAAAGCACAGGCCAAUUUUUUAAAAGCUUGAAAAACCCAUCGGAAUUUUUUUUGAAUUUUAAAAAAUCUGAAAAGCUUCUAAAAAUAUAUCAGAAUCUUUCAAAGCUUGAGAAACCCUCAAAUAUAUUUUCUGGAUUUUCAGAAGCUUUUCGAAAUCUAUAUAAAUGUUUUCCAAAUUAUCUAGAAGCCCGAAAAGAACAGGCUAAUUUUUUGAACCAUCUGAAAUUUUUCUGAAUUAUCAAAAAUCUGGAAAGCUUCUAAAAAUAUAUCUGAAUUUUUCGAAGCCUGUAAAAAUCUAUGAAAAAUAUUUCCAAUUUUUGCAGGUCGAUGUUUGUUGCAAAUUAUCCGGAAUGCCAGAUUUGACAAUGACUUUGGUGAAUCCUCGUCUUCUAGAUGAUGUCUCAUUUCAUCCAUGUGUUCGAUACAAACGUUGGGAAAAUGAGAAAGUUUUGUCGUUUGUUCCACCAGAUGGCAAUUUUAGACUUAUUUCUUAUCAUAUUGCUUCUCAAAAGUGAGUUUUCGAGAUUUUUUUGAAUCUGAAAAUCGUGCUUAAAGAGAAUUAAAGAUCUAGAGAGCCUAGAAAGAUAGAAUUCUUCAAUUUUCAGCAUGGUAGCAAUCCCAAUCUAUGUCCGUCACACAAUCCAACUAAAACCAGUCGGCGGAAAAAUCGAGCUCACUGUCGGACCAAAACAAAGCAUGGGAAAAGUUCUCGAAGACGUUGUCCUCGAAAUCAACAUGCCAAAAUGUGUUCAAAAUUGCAAUUUGAUACCAACAAGCGGAAAAGUCAGCUUCGACCCCACAACAAAACUUCUCCAAUGGAACAUCGGAAAAAUCGAGGUUGGCAAACCGCCAACUUUAAAGGGAGGUGUAUCGAUUAGCAGUGGAUCUGGUGGAACUACAGAAAAUCCGCCGAUUUCCAUGAAAUUCAAGAUUAAUCAAUUGGUGGUUUCUGGAUUGAAAGUGAAUCGUUUGGAUAUGUAUGGAGAGAAAUAUAAACCGUUCAAGGGUGUGAAAUAUAUUACAAAAGCUGGGAAAUUCACUAUUAGAACCUGA